AAAAAUUAAAUCAUGUUUUUGGAUUGUUCAUUUCGACAAAAGUUGCUCGUAUUUCUGAGUAUAGUGUUUGCUAGCAAUGCCGCCACUUCUUCGGGAGGAACUGCCAAUGCUGUCACAGAAGAACCGGAAUUCACAGACGUAAUUGAAAAUAUCACAGUAGCGGCAGGUCGAAAUGUCAAGUUUGCCUGUUCCGUAAAGAACCUAGGGACUUACAAGGUGGCCUGGAUGCAUUACGAACAAUCCGCGAUUCUUGCAGUUCACAACCACGUGAUCACACGGAACCCGCGGAUCAGCGUCACCCACGAUCACCAUCGUACUUGGUUCCUGCACAUCAGCAACGUACAAGAAGAAGAUAAAGGGCGUUACAUGUGCCAAAUAAACACCGUAACCGCUAAAACUCAAUACGGAUAUCUUCACGUAGUAGUCCCGCCGAACAUAGACGACUCGCAAAGUAGCAGUGAUGUCAUUGUUAGAGAAGGUGCGAAUGAAACGUUGACAUGUAAAGCCACAGGAUUUCCCACCCCGACGGUAAUGUGGAAACGCUACGACAAUUCUAUGAUUAGCAUCAAUAAAACCCUGCAAGUUGCAGAAUUUGAUGGCGAAAAAUUGGAACUGACCAAGAUUUCGCGGCUCGAUAUGGGGGCGUAUUUAUGUAUAGCAAAAAAUGGGGUUCCUCCGACUGUGAGCAAGCAGAUUAAAGUCAGCGUAGACUUUCCUCCGAUGUUGUGGAUACCACAUCAGCUUGUCGGAGCACCUCUGGCUUAUUCCGUAACUUUGGAAUGUUUCACAGAAGCGCAUCCAACGUCCCUUAAUUAUUGGACCAAGGAGGACGGACAAAUGAUCUACGAGUCGAAGAAGUACCACGCGGAAAAUAUCAUUGGUACACCAGAUUACAAAACACACAUGAGACUCACCAUUAAUAAUAUUCAACCGAACGACUACGGCACCUACAAAUGCGUUGCCAAAAAUCCAAGGGGUGAAACGGACGGUACCAUCAGAUUAUAUAUUUCGUCACCACCAACCACCUCACCUAGACCGACUACCACCGAAACACCCAGUAGAAUUAGGGAUUGGCCCGGACUCAACGACUUAAACAAUUCGGUUUAUGGCAACCCUUCUUCUUUGACUAUUCACCUAGCCGAUAAAGAUUCACGUUACCAAUCAAAUUUAAACGAAAUCGACAAGUCCGAGCAGAAAUCGGAGUCCGAGAACGACGUGAAAGGUGGCAUGUUUCGACCCAACCGCGGCGACACACUCAGCCGACGUUUCGGCGGUAUCAAAAUGGUUUUGUUGGUGACGAUGUUCACGUUAUUGCGGUGAAUGUACAGGGUAAGAUUAAACCGCGGCGGUUAGAUUAGAAAAUUUUAACGGUAAGUCGAGAAAGAGCGCUUAAUAAGUGUAAAAUUGUUUAUAUGUAUAAUCUAUUUUAAAUAUAAAGACUGAGAUUGAUUAGAUGAAAUUUACUAUAUGGAUAGCGUACUAUUGGGUUGUUCGGAAAGUCAUUUCGUUUUUUUUGGGGAACAUGAAAGACAGUUUUCGUAUAAUGAAUAAAUAUUUUAUUAAAUUAUAUAUUGGCCAUUCUGGUCCAACACCUUUUGCCAUCUUUCUGGCAGUAACAUAAUUCCCCUCUCAUAAAAGUUUUGGUCCUUGCUGACAAAAAACUGGUUCAGGUGGUUUUUGACAUCUUCAUUUGAGGUAAAGGUUUUGCCAUCUAAAAAAUUUUGCAGGGACCGGAACAAAUAGUAGUCGGAAGGCGCCAGAUCUGGAGAAUAUGGUGCAUGUUGCAGUACGUCCCAUUCAAGCUGUAAAAGUUUUUGGCGAGUGACCAAACUUGUGUGAGGUCUCGCAUUAUC